UUAUUGUUCCCGUCGGGGCGACGAGGAUGUCGGUGAAUUACGCGGCGGGGUUGUCGCCGUACGCGGACAAGGGCAAGUGCGGCCUUCCCGAGAUCUUUGACCCCCCAGACGAGUUGGAGCGGAAGGUGUGGGAGCUGGCACAGCUGGUCUGGCAGUCCUCCAACGUGGUGUUCCACACGGGCGCAGGCAUCAGCACCGCCUCGGGCAUCCCUGACUUCAGGGGUCCCCAUGGCGUCUGGACAAUGGAGGAGCGGGGCCUGGCCCCCAGGUUCGACACGACCUUCGAGAUGGCCCGGCCCACUCAGACGCACAUGGCGCUGGUGCAGCUGGAGCGCGUGGGCCUCCUGCGCUUCCUGGUCAGCCAGAACGUGGACGGGCUCCACGUGCGCUCCGGCUUCCCCAGGGACAAGCUGGCAGAGCUGCACGGGAACAUGUUUGUAGAAGAAUGUGUCAAGUGUAAGACGCAGUACGUCCGGGACACCGUCGUGGGCAGCAUGGGCCUCAAGGCCACGGGCCGGCUGUGCACCGUGGCCAAGGCCAGGGGGCUGCGGGCCUGCAGGGGGGAGCUGAGAGACACCAUCCUCGACUGGGAAGAUGCUCUGCCCGACAGGGACCUCACUCUCGCCGACGAGGCCAGCAGGCACGCCGACCUGUCCAUCACGCUGGGCACCUCCCUGCAAAUCCGGCCGAGCGGGAACCUGCCGCUCGCCACCAAGCGCCGCGGGGGCCGGCUGGUCAUCGUCAACCUGCAGCCCACCAAGCACGACCGCCACGCCGACCUGCGCAUCCACGGCUACGUAGACGAGGUCAUGACGCGGCUCAUGAAGCACCUGGGCCUGGAGAUCCCGGCCUGGGACGGCCCCCGCGUGCUGGAGAGGGCGCUGCCACCCCUGCCCCGGCCGCCCGCCCCCCAGCUCCGGCCCAAGGACGAGCCCCCCGCCCAGCCCAACGGCUCCGGGCCCGCCAGCCCCAAAAGGGAGCGGCCGGACAGCCCCGCCCCCAGCACGCCCCCCAAAAGGGUGAAGGCCGAGGCGGUGCCCAGCUGACCAGGGGGCCCGGGGAGGGUGGGGCUUUUUGUAGGAACCGUGGAUUCGUUUUUUCGUACCCGUCUCACUUUGUCACCUGUCUCUGUCCUCGGAGGGGAGACCUCAGGGCCCUGAGAGCUGGGCUCCAUUUGGCCCCGGGGCCCUUCCUUUUAGCUCCAGGGGCCUCUGGUGGGGACCCGGGAAGGAACAUUCCUACCCUGGACCCCGACCUUGGAACUGACGCCCCGGCCCCUGACUCAGGAUGUCCUGGGAGGUGUGGCCAGGCCCUGCCUGGUUUCCAGCCUGACCAGAAUUAACUCUCCGCCCCUGGGGCCCUCAGACCCCCCAGCCCCUGCUCCCCAAAACCGCCUUCAGAGUCCUUCCAGCAGGGAAGGGAGGCACAGCCCCCAUUUCAGAGCCAAACUGAACCGUGGGACAGACCAGAGAGGCUGGCACUGCCUUUGGGGCUGGAGGGAGAAAGAGGUGGGUCCAUCUGGCUCCCUCCAGACUUCCAGAAAAGCCUUCAAUGCAAUAAAAGCAGAACUUCUCGCAUCUGA